GCGAUAACGUUUUGAUGAUGCGAUUAUUUAAUUGCAGAAGAAGAAAGAAAGCCCUCAUUGGGUGGAGCCGCUGUUAGCCGGAAAUUGCGUCACAGCACGACUUGCAUCUGGCUUUUGGUGGGAAAAUGAGUUCGCUGCCGUACACAUUUAGUUUAAAAUUACAAGCAUUACUAUGUGUUUUCUGAUGGUUAAUGUAAUGGUAAAAAUCAACAACAACAUGCCAGAAAUCAAACUCAAACACGUCGUGUCUUGCAGCACCGAGGACAAUACUCACAAGGCAGACAACCUGCUGAGCUCUGACACCUACAGAAAGUGGAAAGCAGCAAGACCCGGGGAGAAGCAGACAUCAGUCAUUCUGCAGUUCGAGAAGGAGGAGCAGGUACACAGCAUCGAUAUUGGAAAUGAAGGGUCGGCUUUCAUCGAGGUGUUGGUGGGGAAUUCUUCAGCUGUCAGAGACCAGGAUUAUGAGGUUCUUUUGGUUACAUCUUCCUUCAUGUCCCCCACGGAGAGCCGGAAUGGCACCAAUAUGAACCGAGUGCGUUUCUUUGGACCCAACCAGCUUCAGAAGAGCACAGCGCAAGAGAAGUGGGACAAAGUGAAGAUUGUGUGUAGUCAGCCAUACAGCAAGAACAUAGCAUAUGGACUGUCCUUUGUUAAGUUUCAUUCGCCGCCUGACAAGAACGAUCCUCCUCCAACAACUUCACCCAAACUGACAAAGCUGGGGCAGUUCAGGGUGAAGGAUGAGUCUCCUUCAUCGGGGCCCAGCCUUCCGCCUGGCAGUCUCUUCUUCAGUCGGGACAGUGCAGCAAAGUCCAGCACCUCACCCAAAGUGUCUCCUCAGAGUCAAAAGCUGAGUUACGCUGCUGCUGCCCUGCAGACUGGUGGCUCAUCAGGCCAAGCGUCCUCCUCCAGCUCCGCUUCACCUCAGCCACCGGCAAAAAGAAAAUUUGAGUUCAGCAAAGAGCGGCAGUCUGCCUCUGGCCCUCCACCCUCAAAGAAAAUAAGCUCGGCUGGCUCACCUGAGGGCAAAGCUGUGACCCCUAAACACAAGCCGAGUCCAACCAGCACGCCGAGCCCCAGCACCGCGAAAGCUUCUCCAGCACAGAAGUCUGCCGACAAGAAGCGGCAGAGCCCAUCCAAACCCGAACCAAAACCCAAACAACAGAAGGCCAACUCCCACAGCGUGCAGCAGGUCCCGUUCAAACAGAUCAUGGAGGGGGUGGUGUUCGUCCUCAGUGGCUUCCAAAACCCCUUCAGAGGGGAGCUGAGGGAAAAGGCUUUGGACAUGGGAGCCAAAUACCGACCUGACUGGACCCCCGACUCCACACACCUCAUCUGUGCCUUCGCUAACACCCCCAAGUACAGCCAGGUGAAAUCAGCUGGGGGCAUCAUCGUGCGGAAGGAAUGGGUAAUCGACUGCCAUAAGAGGAAACAGAAGAUUUCCUAUAAAAGGUAUUUGAUGGAUGGAGCAGAGUCGAGCUCGGAGAGUGAAAUGGAAGUGGACGACCAGAGCGAAGAGGAAAUGAACACGAAGACUCCACAGAAGCAGGAGAGACGAGCGACUCCCAAAAAGACACCAGAAAAGAGGAAUGAAGAUGAUAAGUAUGCUGGCUCCACUGAUGUGGAUGAACCAGGAGGUGAUGAUGACGAAUCUGCUGUGGACACAGAGGACGAGCUGCUGAGGGUGGAGAAUGAGAGCAAGCAGAAGAAAGCGGCAGCAGAGGGGAAGAUGGUCAAAGAGGAGGAGGAGGAUCCGUAUGGGGGAUCGACAGAUGAAAACACAGACGCUGAGGCUGAACAGGACCAUCCCAUCCCUGAACUACCAGACUUCUUGAAAGGAAAACACUUCUUCCUCUACGGUAAAUUCCCAAACAACGAGAGGCGCCUUCUGUUGAGAUACAUCGUUGCCUUUAAUGGAGUGAUUGAGGACUACAUGACCGAGAAGGUGCACUUUGUGGUGACCAGUGAAGGGUGGCACGACUCCUUUGAAGACGCACUGAUGGAGAACAGCAAUCUCAACUUUGUCAAACCCGCAUGGAUUUACGCCAUCAACGAACGACAAAAGAUGCUGCCCUAUCAGCCCUACACUGUCGUCCCCUGAACAGUACGCUGCAUGUGCACACACACACACACACACACACACACACACACUGCUGUGGCCAGACGCUUCUUAACCUGACCGAGAAGCAGCGGGCAAAGCCAUAGACGCUUACCUUCUUUUUUUUUUUUUUAAGAUCAUCACUUCACUUACAU